AUGUCGACCGGAGGUAAAAAGCGGCCGCGCGCCGACCUCUUGUCGUCGUUGGACGCGGCGUUUGCGUCUACUGCGCAAUCAGUAGCUUCCAAGUAUACGGUGCAAGCUGCUGAGCAAGCUUUGUCGAAGGAAAAUAAGCAACAGGCCUACCAGCAAUCGAAACGGAAGCGCAAAGACAAAAAGCGCAACGACAAAGGAGAAAAUGGACGAAUCAAUGGCAAAAACGCCAAUGAACGGGCAGGAAAAGAGAAUGAAAGAAAGGCAACGAUGAUGGACUCAGUGUAUGAGAAGAUGAAUGUGGACCUGCUGGCUCUUGGGCUCAAAGACUGUUCUCUGCAAUCUCAAAUCCUGACAUUGACGAAUCCACGAACAUUGCAUCAAACGUUGAAGAAUUAUCUGGAGUUUGUGACGAAGGGCACGAGAGCAGGCUCAAAUGUUGCUGGUAGUCUUAAAAAUAAGGUUCUGUCCUUGGAUAACCCAUUCAAGACGACAGCUGCAGAAACCACAGGAAAAAUGAUUGCAUCCGCUAGCAGAAAACAGACUGCAAAGUUGAUGGGUGCCCGUCGACGGAGAGAACUUGGCUUGCACUUGCUAAGGGGCAAGAUGAAGUAUAGUGACGCCAUGCAACUCAACGAUAUCUGGACCCGGUAUGUCAGCCAAGUGAUUGAGAGCGAACUUUGCGAAGUUCAGCAUGUUACGGAAGAGGCGCAGCGUACGCGUAACGCGAAACUCCACUCUAAACUCAAGUAUAUGGAUUUGUCUGGGUGUCCACUUGAAGUGAUUCAAUCAAGAAAUCCAUGCAAUGUUGGCCAUAGUGGCAUCGUCGUUGCAGAGACCCAGCAAACCUUGCAGAUCUGUUGUCUUGCAUCUUUGGGCGAUGAUAGCAGCAACGGUAUCAUCCGAACUUUUGUCAAGUCGGACUCGUGCUUUAAGGUUCGUAUAAGCUCAGCAAGAAACUUGUUCCUCGACGGCGCCUGGUUUGCCGAGCGUGCACAAUAG